AGAGUGUUGCAAGACUCAGGCGCUGUUUGCUCUGGUUCUUGGUCUGCUGCAGAUACUGGUCUGAGAGUCCAGGAAAUUCCUGCAGACUCUGGGGCAGGGAUUUUGGCUUGCGUGUCUGCUAUUGGAAAAGCUGACAGUGUCGGAAGGGGGGAUUGAAACUGCCUGGAGUCAGUCGGAAAAAGAAAGAAAGAGAGUGAGAAACAGAGAAAAUAGGCCUCAUGCCAUUUUUAAAGGGUGUCUCGGUCUACUUUUAUCUGCCUGUCACACCCUAAGUGCAUUAGAUUGAACUUCAGGUUGAGAGCCAUGGUCAGGAUGAUGACCCAGGAACAGUGCCCUCAAAGAAACAAUGUCCAGAAUACUGAAAAACCACAAGUGUAUAAAGUGGGGAUCUAUGGUUGGCGGAAACGUUGCCUUUACUUCUUUGUCCUACUCCUCAUGAUCCUCAUAGUGGUCAACCUUGCUCUCACCAUCUGGAUCCUCAAAGUUAUGAACUUCACUAUAGUAAGUGCAGUCUUUUACUCUGGCCUUCAUUACCACCUGCUGGGCAUCGAUUCUUUGACCGACUUAGAAGUGAGCAAAAAUAACAUGUCUCCAUCGUAGUGAUCUGCCAAUUCUCUCUGUGCAUUCUCUGAGCUUCAGCCAGGCAAACUACUGCUUUCAUUUGCCUCUCAGUGGUCGAUCUGUUCAGGUUUUCACACAUAGCUUCAGUUUUUUUAGACCAGCUGCCUUCACUCAGUCCAAUUGUUUACUGAUCUUUUUAGCUUUUACCUACUGUGCUUUGGGUCUUGAUUAAUUGGAUGUACAGCAGUGCCGGAUCAAAUGAGGGGCCAUGGGGCAGAAAUGUCACAGGACCCAAAACCCACCCAUUGAUGCAACACCCUCUAUAAACAUACUCUUGAAGCUUUCAUGUAACAUUUGUAUGGUGAUUUAGU